CCAAUCAGUCUCAGUGCCUACCUUCACACAUAAGCGGCAGGGCACUCAGGUCUGCCAGAGCGCACAGACCUACACAUACACACACACCUGCACACUUGUCACAUUCACACACACACCUUUCACACACUUAACACACCCACCCUCCCUCGUCAAGGCACCCUGCGCGACCUCUCACCAUUGGCCAAGUCCCGGAGCCCUCAGCAUCUCCAUCACGGCUGAAGGGACCAUUCGGGAAAGCAGGAGACAGAGGUGGAAUAUGAGGAUGCUCGUGCGGCUCGUGUUGGGACUCAUCGUCCUCAAAGCUGUGGUGGCCAGCCCCAGAUUUUCCCGCCAAGUGGACUUGGACACAUAUGACAGUGCCAACUAUGAUGUGGAUCUAGACAAUUUAAAUUUGGAGAACCAGGAUAUCUAUGACUACGAAGAUGGGCUAACAAUUGAUGAUCCUCAGAUAGAGAUUGGAACACUGGCCCCACCCGACUAUAACUACCCUGUACCCGAGGCCUCACUGGAAGAACAAGAACAAGAGGAGGAGGAGGAGGAGCAGGAGGAAGAGUUGCCCCUAAAACCUCAGCUCAUCCUUCAGGGUUCAGGGGGAUCUGGGGUUCUCAUGGGCCCAAACACACAGAAAGAGGUGGAGCUGCGUCUGACGCCCAUUGACAUCCUUCAUGUGUCCGGGGAUUUUGGGGGCUCCGUAGGGUCUGGGGCCUCAGGAGCUUCUGGGGUUUCUGGGUCUGGAGGCUCAGGAGACCUACUGGUCUCCAGCGGCUCUGGGGGUUCUGGAGACAUUGUCCUGAUCUCUGGAGCCUCUGAGGAGCUCCUUAGCUCUGGGGGAUCUGGGGAAUUCUUGGUAUCUGGGGAUCUCUUGAUUUCUGGGGAUUUCUUGAUAUCUGGGGAUCACUCAGGAUCUGGGGAUAUAAUGGGAUCUGCAACUUCUGGAGCCUCUGGGGACUUGGGCUCUGGAGGGAUUUCAAUUGAACUCCCCCUCGGCUCUGGAGGGUCUGGGGACCAGUCUGGUUCUGGGUUCUCUGGAGAUCUCUUGAUCUCAGGGGCCUCUGGAAGCUCUGGGGUUUCUGGGGACUCUGGUGAGUCCGGGGACUCAGGGAUAACAUUGAUAUCUGGAGAGGAGGAGCUGCCCCUUCCUGAGACUAUCCCCAGCGAGGCAUCAGGUGCUUCUGGGGAGUUCUCAGGAGCUUCAGGAACCUCAGGUACCUCUGGGGAUCUUGGAGCCUCUGGAGACUUAGAGUUAUCUGGAACCUCUGGGGAUUCUGGUGUCUCUGGCUCUGGAGACGCAGAGGUCCCUGAGGUAACUCUGGUCCCUGACACUGAUAAAGAGGAGGGGCUGCUUCCGACUACAACAGAACCCCCCCAGGAACGUACUGACAUUAUAGAAGGGUCAGUGAGCUCUGGAUUGCCAGAGCCUGAUGAACCUGAUGAGCCUUAUAAGCCUGACAGGACAGGUAUGCCCACUUGCUUGCUGUGCACGUGCCUUGGUGGUUCGGUCUACUGUGAUGACUUGAAGCUGGAUAGUGUACCACCUCUUCCCAAAGACACCACUCACUUCUACGCACGCUACAACAGAAUCACCAAGAUCAACAAGUCUGACUUCGCCUUCAUGAACAAGCUGAAGAGGAUCGACUUAACUGCCAACGAGAUAACGUCCAUCGAUGACAAAGUAUUUUUGGGUCUACCUGAGCUGGAGGAGCUGGUGAUUCGAGAAAAUCAUAUCUCAAGGCUGCCUGCUCUUCCAGAGACCAUGAGCCUGAUCGAUGCCAGCCAUAACAACAUUGGCACCAAGGGUAUUCACAACGAGGCGUUCAAAGAUAUGACUAGCCUGCUGUACCUGUACCUAACAGACAACCACAUUGAUUACAUCCCUGUGCCUCUACCAGACAGCCUGCGAUCUCUACACCUACAGCGUAACAAUAUUCAAAUGAUGCACGAGGACACAUUCUGCAACCUGAAAGAUUUCAACUACAUCAGGAACGCACUGGAGGACAUCCGUCUGGACGGCAACCCCAUCAACCUCAGCAGGACCCCCCAGGCUUACAUCUGCCUGCCCCGUAUACCCAUCGGGGAUCUCAUUUAACCACACAGACACAUACUACACUCUUGCACACUGACUCCCACAAAUACAACCACACGCACACAUCUUUGUACAUAUUGACACACACAACCACACACGCAGACAUGCAUACCAUUUAUCACCUCCUAAAACAAUUAAUUAAGUACAAGAUUCAAAACUGUCCUAAAUGCUGCUGAUGUUUUCUACAGAUCAGUAAAAACUGUGUGGAAAUGUAUGAUUGAUAAACAUUCACAAACGCAUUGAUUGAGUCAGAUUCUGGCGAUAAAGCACAUGUACACGUCUCUACUGCAACUUCUUCCUGUUGUUCAGAUCUUUAGGGAACUAACUCACCUACCAACAUGCAUGUACACACAUACAAAUACACACACAUUCACACACAAACCUAAGAACUCAAAAGCCAAACUGUUCCGCAACUUGAUUAAGAUUAAACAAUAGGUGGCAUUCGGAGAAAUCAGUUAAUUAAAAACCCUCAAAUGGCAUGUUUGUUUCUGUUUAGUGUCUGUUCAUGACUGGCAAAACAACCGGUAAUAUUGUUUAAAUAUGUUUGUUUUGUAAAAAUAAAAAAUAAUAAUAUUAAUAUUAAUGACAAAUCUAACACUUUUGGAAAUGUAUACUAGCAUAAACUUAUUGAAGCUGGAGCUUAAUGAAAGGAAAAUUGAGUAUCUAAUGCAAUAAAAGACGCAUUUAAACACAAUCAUUUGUUGUAAAGUCUGUACUGUAAUAUAAAAAUAUAUAUUCUAAAAAAAAUGAUUUUUUACAUGAACUGCAAUAUUUGGUAUAUUACAUUUCAAAAAGUGAUGUUUUAACCGUGCACAAUAGCCUAUUCCAAAGACUCUAAUGUCUAGAGUUGAUCAAAUAAAGACUAUUGUUUGAUUUGGGAGGGGGGUUGUUGAUUUUGAUUGUGGAUGGGGUUAAGAAUAAUGCUAAUAGCUUGCUAUUGUGUGCUCUGUAUGGAAUAACCACAAGUGAAUAAAGUUGUUUUGAAGACCUCUCCGAA